AUGGCGACCCGCCAAACCUUCGGCAUCGUCGACUACUGCGUGUUCGGAAGUGUUCUCCUCUUAUCGUUGCUCAUCGGCGUCUACAAUGCCAUCCGCGGCAAACAGACCAACGAAGAGCUGCUGCUCGGUGGCAGGAAGAUGUCCAUCAUACCGGUGGCCGUCUCCACUAUGGCCAGCUUUCUAUCAGCCAUCCUCAUUCUGGGCUCGCCGGCGGAGAUGUACAUGAACGGCGUGCAGUACUGGAUCACCGUGCUGCCCCUCGUCGUCCUCGUACCGGCUGUGUCCAUGCUCUUCGUGCCCAUUUUCUACCGUUGUAGCAUCACCACCGUCUACGAAUACCUCGAGUUCAGAGCGUGCCUCCUUAAUGCUCCGGCCACUAUCCUGUACAAGACGCUGGCAUGCCUGACCGGCCUGGCCAUCUUCGCCACGUACGCCGACUGCGACCCGCUCAAGAUGGGUCUCAUUGAGAAGAAGGAUCAGCUGGUGCCCUACUUCGUGCUCGACCAGAUGGCCCACAUCACAGGCCUACCCGGCCUCUUUGUGGCCUGCAUCAUGUCUGCAGCGCUCAGCACCAUUUCGUCCGGCCUCAACUCGCUAGCAGCCAUUACCUGGCAGGACUUCCUCAGCAACAUCAGCCUCUUCAAAGACAUGUCGGAAGGCGCAGUGGUCGGUAUGCUGACCGCUGGCGCCAUCAGCACGUGGGCGAUGUUCGGAUGCAAUCGACGGGAGGUGGGCGAAUCGCUGGUCAACCCCCUCGCUUACAAGCUCUUCAACUGGAUCAACCGCUUCACACGUGACGAUUCCUCCGACCCGCGAUAUGCCGCCGACAACCCCAUCUUCAUCAUGCCCACGUACAAGCAAACUGAGGCGAACUGA